AGGGGAGAGGCUGCGUGGGGAUGUUAGGCGGGACGGCCGCCGGGUCGACUGAUUGAGCGCCCGAUUGACGCCGCCUUUUUUUUUUUUUGGAGCACCGUGAUUUCCCAUCCGGAGCUGUUCUUUGACCGCUCAGUCAGCUCGCUUUCCUCUUUUCUGGAGGUGAAUCCAGUCUCAGCAGCUUCGCGCCCCAACGGGUUAACCCGCUCUCCUCCUCCUCCUCCUCUCCUGGGUCUUUUUGGGCUGCAAUUUAGCUUGAGUUCCUCUUGGUUGUUGUUGUUUUUUUCUCCUUUCGCUUCGCUUUCUCCUCCCUAUUCCGAAGCUCCUCCUCUCCUGCCCCAUAUAUUACUCCCGUUGUUUCUCUCUCUCCCCCCGCUUUCCUUUCUCCAGCCAGCAAGGUUGGUGUCCUUCCCAGGGUGCCUUAUGAAGUCACACCUGCCCUAGCUCCCUCUCUGCACCCACAGGUCCGGUGCCUGUGUCAUCGCUGCUGAAGCGGCUCCCCCUUGUUUUGCAAGCCGUUUCUCACUUUAAAAAGAACGAAACUCCGCUCGGCUGGAAACAGAAAAUUGCCCUGAAGUACUUCCAGAUCUUUUCCCUGCUUUGGUGGUGGUUGUUUGUUUCCCCCCCACCUCCCCAUCCUGGAUUUCGGAUUUGCCUUCUUGAAUUGCCCUCUGACUGAAGAACUAGUAUGUCUCUGCUCCAUCGCCUGAUUUGUUACCUGCAGGACGCCGAGAAAGUUGCCCGUUUCCAAAAACUAUGCGGUGUGGAGGCACUAUCGGAUUGGAGGUCUGCCUCUUCUGCUCAGGCGGUGGACGCAGAGCACUCCUUGGCCAACGGGAACUGCACCAAGACCCAGGGUGAAAGUGGCAGGCGAUGCGGGUCCCCAGGUUCUUUGAAGGUGGAGGAGAAACAUGAGGAGAGCCACUCAAACGGGAGGAAGAAUGGGAUGGUUUCUGAGGACACCUGUGGAGUGGAAUCGCAGCCAGCAUCCCUAGAGAAGCGGAAGAAGUGGGUCUCAAAAAGCCAUCCUCGCCGCAACUCUCUAACUGGAGAAUCCAUAUCGCAGAAGUUCAGAAUACGUAAUUUUUUCCUUUAUUACCUGUUCAGCUUUGGCACAGAACUGGGCAAUGAACUUUUCUACAUCAUGUUUUUCCCCUUCUGCAUCUGGAAUGUGGAUCCUUGGCUGGGCAGGAGACUCAUCAUCAUUUGGGUUUGGAUCAUGUAUUUGGGUCAGUGUACCAAGGAUGUUAUCCGUUGGCCAAGGCCUGCUUCUCCCCCGGUAGUGAAGCUGGAGGUUUUCUACAAUUCUGAAUAUAGCAUGCCCUCAACUCACGCCAUGGCAGGCACUGCCAUACCUGUCUCGUUAUUUCUACUCAGUUAUGGACGGUGGCAGUAUCCUUUCAUAUACGGGCUGAUUCUCACAAUUUGCUGGUCUUCUCUGGUUUGUUUCAGUCGAGUAUAUAUGGGAAUGCAUACAGUUCUGGAUGUUAUUGCUGGUUUUCUUUAUGCUCUUCUCAUCUUGGUCGUCUUCCUUCCAACUGUGGAUCUAGUAGAUGAUUUCAACUUGACUUUCAAAUAUGCUCCACUGGUCAUUAUCAGUCUUCAUCUUGCCUUGGGGGUGUUUUCUUUCACUCUAGACACGUGGAGCACAUCUCGAGGGGAUACAGCUCAGAUCUUGGGCAGCGGUGCUGGAAUUGCCUGUGGCUCCUAUGCUACCUAUAGGCUGAAUCGAAUGCCAGAUCCUUCACCAGAAAUGCUUCCGUUAGUUCCCUCCCUCACCUUAAACCUUUUUGGAAAGGCUGCACUGCGAUUAUUGAUUGGAUUAGUUUUUCUGUUGCUGAUCAGAAUGAUCAUGAAGAAGGUCACCAUUCCACUGGCCUGUAAAGUCUUCGGUAUUUCUAGCGCAGAUGUUCGAGAAGCCCGACAGCACAUGGAAGUUGAGCUACCUUAUCGCUAUGUUACUUAUGGAACGGUGGGAUUCUCAGUGACUUUCUUGGUUCCUUUCUUAUUUUGCCUAAUUGGACUGUCCUCAUGUUAGUGUUUUCUUCCUAUGGAAACAGUGAUGGACAGUUGAUCUAUGCGAGAGAUGGUAUACCUUGUGAGAAGUGCUAUGAUAUUGCCUCUGUGAAAAUUGUAUGUGGCAGGCAGUGAGCUCAAAUCUUUGGUACCGGUUAAAAACCUUAUAGAUUCAGGUCCUUGAGAAAUGCCAUGUCUACUCUUACCAUUGUAACAACAUUAUAAAUAGCAAAUGGAUUUAUGUGUAUGCAGAAAUACGCAUCAGACUAUAAAUGCACCAUUUUCUUUCUAUUUAAAUCUGUUAAAAUAGUUAUGUUUACAGCUGAUCCAGAAGCUCUGUCUAUGGUCAAUUAAAGCCAUGUCAUAUCCCUUAGCCACAAAUAGCUAUAUUGUAAUGAAAAAGCUUUUUUUCCUUCUCAUAUACACACCUAUUUUUACACACAGGUAGGACGCUAUGCUAAUAAACCUAAAAUUUAAUGAAACUUGGCUUACAGCACCUGAUAGCUUUAGAGCCUUUUCUGUACUCUGUAUUUUUAAUUUGUGAACACAAACCACUUAUUCCAUGUACUGUAUUCUUUGCUUGAUAAUUGUGCCUUUCUGUUGGAAUGCGCCACAUACUGUGAGAUACACAUACACAACUACUAUAAAGUAGUAUAAACAUAUUCUAAAUUAGCUAGAUAUUUUAAAAUGUAGGCUGCAACGUGUUUAAUAAAAAUAAUUUUUAUUUUGUAAACUAAAAACUUUAGUGGGGCUUACUCACUUUAACCCACAUUCUAAUACUGUUUUAAUGGGUAUUUUUAAGUGUAAUAUAUUGUAUGUUAUUGGAAAGAAUGCAUUUUUCCUAUUUUAAAAAUAGAUUCUUCUAUUUUUAAUUAGGCAUUAAUUAUAUCUGAAAUUAAUGCGGUGUUAAAUUAUAUUUUUAACAUAAAGUUUCUUAAUUUCAAAUGAAGUCAUAUUCCUAACAAUGGUGGCUUUAAUAAGAAACAUAUAAACCUGUACUGUUGCAUUGUAUUUCCCAUGCUUUUAGAUCAGUUAUUAUCAAGUUGGGAAAAAAGUUCUGUUGUCCUUUUUUGUUUGGAAACUGCUCCACAAAAUAAUCAAAUGUAUUAUGGUACUAAUUACAUCUAAGGUCAUGUAGCCUUUUAUUUCUGAUCAGUGACAUGCUGCUGUCUAAACAAAAACUAGUGAGGGAAAACCUUUAUUUUUCUUGUGACAUAAUGACAUCUGACAUGGUCUUUGUUGUCCUAGAGAUCUUUGGAGAACAGCAGGGUACAUAGAAGAAAGGUAAACAGAAGGAGGAAGAGCAGAAAAAGAGUAUAUUCUCUCAUAUGUCUGACUUUGUAUUAUACCAGCAAAAUUAAAACGAUCUUCACGGUUGUAUAAUGCACAGUAAAUGCAUUAGGGGGAUUUAUGUGCUCCAGUAUUGGUGUUGUUUACAUACUUCUUAUGCACUUGUAAACUGCAUUUAUGGAUGCUUCUACUAGGGCUACACAGCAAUCCAGAUUCAGAGGGCAAAUGAUGAUUUAUUGCAUGUGGGGCACAUAAUGGAAACCCAUUAAAUCACAAGCACCUUUUCCUGGGAUCACACAGCAUCUGCGAAAGGCACUUUGCGUGAGCCCAAUGAGACACAGUGUCUUGAACUGUUCUGAACAGGCACUCCAAAUCCUAUUACACUUCUUGAAUCUGUGGUGCUGCACAGACCUCUUCUCUAUUCCUAGCUGUCCCAAAAGUGCCUACUGUGUACUGUACAUUGUAUACAUGGAGAAUAUAGAUAGGCAAAGGAUCAUGUACGGUAAAGGCAAAAAAUUGCUGCUGCUAUCAUAUUCUUACCUGUAAGAAUAUGUUCUUACAGGUUACAUGUUCACGGUACAUCCUAUUGUGUAAAUUAAGGCGAUUAAGCCUUUGAAAAGGGUGAUAUUAAUUAUCACAGAAGUCUGUGUUGUGUUUCCCUGGGGCCUCUUUGCAACAUAAUGUUUUGCAAUUAUAAGACUCAGAAAAUGGAACCAUUUUAAUUUCAUUUGAGCCUUACGAUCUGCAAAAUUAUACAGGUAGUCCUCAACGUACAACCACAAUGAUGUCCAAGAGAUUUGUUAAAUGAAUUUUACCUCAUUUUACAACCUUUCUUGUCACAGUCGUGGAAGUGAAUCACUACAGUUGUUAAGUUAGUAACAUGGUUGCUAAAUGAAUCUUCCCCAUUCUUCCCCAUUCAUUUUGCUUUAUAGAUGAUUGCAGAAAGUAAGGACAUGCCCAAGAGAACUGCAAUUGCCAUAAAUAUGAGUCAGUUGCCAAGUGUUUGAAUUUUGAUCACGUAACCGUGGAAAUGUUGCAAAAUGGUCAUAAGUGUGAAAAACAGUCAUAAGUUACCUUUUUCAGCGUUGUAACUUAAAUUUAGUGUUACUACAUGGUCACUAAAUGAGCUGUUGUAAGUCGAGGACUACCGGUAUAUGGUACGUGGUCUAUUGUAGGCCAAGUGUUACUAGUUGGCUUUUAUUGGACCUCAUCUGAAAGGGUAGAAAUGAAUGAGGAACUUGUAUUUCGAUAAUAACAGUACAUUAAAACAGGGGUCUCCAACCUUGGCAACUUUAAGACUUGUGGACUUCAACUCCCAGAAUUUCUCAGCUAGCUUUGCUGGCUGAGGAAUUCUGGGAGUUGAAGUCCACAAAUCUUAAAGUUGCCAAGGUUGGAGACCCCUGCAUUAGAACAUUCAAAUAAUGCAAAUCUCCAGAAUUCUUAAACGGGUUGAAUGUUUAGGAAUUAAUAUCUCUAUGUUGGGUUGUGGAAGGAGUACAUGUAUUGCUAUUAUCCAAGAAUCUAUAAUUUAUAAUAAAAAAAGAGCCCAGGACCAUGAGACAUUAUGAUGGUCUAUAAUUAAAUUACUCUUGCUGGAUGCUAGGUCCCAUACAUCCUGGUUCUCGGAUUAAAAAGAAUAAAUAUUGUUCUCCAAAGUUUAGAAGUAUAUCUAGUUGUAGUCGCUUGGCUUUGUUUUCCUGCUAUAGUUUCAAAUAAGAAAUUGGUAUUUUGUCUUAUUUUUGAAAUGUUUCUAAAUUCAUUUUUAUGGGGGAUGGGGAAUGUUCCAUUUUCUCUGGUCUCAUUCUUCUGUAGAUGAGACCACAACACUGGAUCCUUUAUGUCAUGCCGGCCUUUUUUAUGCUUUGCCUUUCUACAGUAUUUAUGUUUAUCAGUCACAAAAAUAGCAGUUAUCUUCCUGUAUGGAAUUUAGGAAUUUGGCAUAUGGCAUUUGCAUUCCGAUAAUGUGUCAUUACAAAUGUAGUCCAGAAUAAUUCAGCUUGGACAUGGUCUAAUUUCAUGACCUUGGGAAGAUGGAUCCCGCCCCCAUCAUAAUUAUUCCUACCAUCAUGGUAAGACUCAGGGGCCUCUAGGGUAAGGAGGCGAAGGAAAACAGGGUAGAUGGAUGUCAAAACACUUAAGAUGGUCAUGUCCGCCAUUUUACAGGUUUUGAUGAGAUGCCUGUGGCUACUUUUAAAACUGAUGUGAGACCUAAAGGUAGUUUGGUAUUGAUCAGGACUUGCUAAUUAAGACUUUCAGAACUUUAAAAAAAAAACUAUUUACGUGAACAUAAACAGACGUCUCAAUUAUAAUCUGUGAAUAAUUAUUUUUCGUUAUCAAGAUUAAAAAAAUAGUGUACUGACUCAAUACUGGUACAUUUUCUUCUGCAAUUACUGCAAAUUAUUUUGAUUAGGUACAUACUAACUCCCCAAACUAGUAUAGCUUUUUUGUUUAAUGUAUACCAGAAGAAAAAGCAGUUUAAGAAGAAAUUAGGUAAACAAGAUUUUUUUUAACAUUCCUAAAAAUGCAGUGAAUCUUAAUGAAAGCACAAAAAUUAAAUACUUUUUUGUUACAUUCUCAUUUAUUGCCAUGCUUUUAAAAAACAAAAAAAAUUAAUAAAAAUAGCUAGCUCUGAAUGACUGUUGCAAGUAACUUGCGAUUUUGGGUGGGAUAUAUUAUUCACAUUGUUUAGCACUUAUUAUAAUUAGUAUUAAAUUGCUGAAAGUUCAUUUCAUUGGAUAUAUAUUUUAAUGAACAAAUCAUUGUCUACAAAGUUUUAAAACAUGCACUAUAGUAUAUUCUACUACUAUUCUGUAUAUUAUUUUUUUACGCUAUCUUUAGAUGAAAUUAAAUCCCACAUUGACAUUUUA